AGGAGGCGUAUACGGCAGUGAACAUACAGACAUGGCUGCACAUGCUGAAACCAUAUCGUUAUUAUAACCUUGAUUCUGCUAUUUAUUCUUUACGACUGCCAAGUCCACAGUUAUCAUCCCAAUCAUGCAGGCUGCCAUGAAUAUUACGGCAAAGUAUUGCCAAAAAGAGAUGGAGGAAUAUGGGUCUUGUGUGGCCUCCAACCCGUCGACAUGGCAGCAUCACUGUCAUGAACUCAAGAUGAAGGUCGCCAACUGCACAUCUUCACACCCAGUGAUCCAGAAAAUAAGGUCAAGCUGUUCGAAAGAAUUUGUACAAUUUGAGCACUGUCUCCGGGAAAACCAAGCCGACCCUACCUCCUGCCAGCCACACAUAGCACGUUUCCUGGGUUGCGCGGAGACGGUCGAUCUCAGUGGAGCAGAAGCCACAAUCGAGACCCCAGUACCUCAGCCUACCUAGAAGACCCCCCUUACGUUCACCCCUCUAUGACCAGAACUGUCUUUUACAGCGGCAAGGAAGGACUUGUCAACAAUGAAUUCAGCCCAGUUAUGCUAUGUACUUUAAUGAUGUAAACCUCAAUGUCACCUAAAACACAGUACUAGCUUAGCCUUGGCAGCUUUGUUGGUAGGUCUAGUUUAAGUGCAGUUUUAAUAGUGUGAGCCAAAAGGCCCAACAAAGGUGCAUUUCUGCCUACACAUAUCAUAAUCUUUUGGGCAAAGUUUCAACAUUAAUGUGAAUAUGUACAAACAGUACUGUAUGUCCCUUUCUUCCGAUAAAUUUCAACCAAUAAAAAUAUAAUUUUCUAUG